UGUUGUUAAUCGAGUAAAUGCAUCUCAUCCUCCAUAACAGUCAGAGCAGGAUGCAUACACAAGCCACUAGUUUCGUGGAAAACCCGUCGCCCGAAGGCUCACAAUGGUAAAACCCCCCUCAAUCAAGUAAAUGCAUCCCCUCUCCAUAACGGUCGAUGCAUACCCAAGCCACCAGUUCCGUGGAAAACCCGUCGCCCGAAGGCCAACUGCGGUAAAACCCGGUUCGGCUCGGUUUCGAACUGGCGACCUCCAGAGAGGUAAUUGCCACCACCAAUUUUUUUUUAAAGUGAUGCUAGUAGGAGUUGAACUUGGGACCUCAAGAAGAGAAACCAAGUGACGAAGCACUAGACCAACUUGUGAGUACGCUGCUUGUGUUUGAUUAUAUAAACCAGUAGUCACAGAGAAAGUGACACCCUGCCUUUCUUUAUUCAUUUCUCCCCACCCUCAUGGGAAAUCCUUUUAAUUUGUUCUUGCUAACUGUGGUCAUGACAUGUAUAUGGAUUACCGAAGUAGCAUCAGAUGAGAUUACUAACAUUUUUGGAACCAAUGAUAGUUUUUUUUCUUCAUUUCCAAGGAACUUCUUAUUUGGAACUGCAUCAUCUUCUUAUCAGUUUGAAGGAGCUUACCUUGCAGACGGGAAAGGCCUUAGUAACUGGGAUAUUUUUACACACGAAGCUGGCAAUAUUGUUGAUGGUUCUAAUGGAGAUGUUGCUGUUGAUCAUUACCAUCUUUAUCUUAAAGAUAUUGAGCUUAUGGAAUACAUAGGAACAAAUACUUACCGUUUCUCCAUAUCUUGGGCAAGAAUUCUACCUAAGGGAAGAUUUGGAAGUGUGAACAUUGCUGGAAUAAAGCACUAUGAUAAGCUUAUCAAUGCUCUCAUAGGAAAAGGAAUCCAACCAUUUGUGACAUUGACUCAUUAUGAUAUACCUCAGGAGCUUGAAGAUAGAUAUGGUGGCUGGCUAAGUCCACAAAUUCAGAAAGAUUUUGCAUACUAUGCAUCUAUAUGUUUCAAAUACUAUGGGGACCGCGUCAAGUAUUGGGUCACUUUAAAUGAACCGAAUGUCGUUGCUAUUCGCGGCUAUAGAUCAGGGCUUUACCCACCGGCAAGAUGCUCUGCUAGUUUUGGAAAUUGUAGCUCUGGAGAUUCGGAGAGGGAACCGUUUAUUGCAGCUCAUAAUAUGAUUUUAUCCCAUUCUGCAGCAGUCAACCUUUAUCGGGCCAAAUAUCAAGGUGAACAAAAGGGCAAUAUUGGAAUUGCAAUAAAUGCUGUAUGGUAUGAACCAAUCAGUAACUCCUUACAAGACAAACAAGCUGCUCAAAGAGCUCAAUCCUUCUACAUGAAUUGGUUUUUGGACCCAAUAAUGUUUGGAAAAUACCCCGAAGAAAUGAAAAACAUUUUAGGAUCCUUAUUGCCGGAAUUCAGUAGUAAUCAUUUGCAGAACGGAUUAGACUUCAUUGGUAUUAAUCAUUAUACAACUUUCUAUGCAAAAGACUGUUUACACUCGACAUGUGUACAACAAGGACCUUGCGUUUCAAAGACGGAGGGUUAUUAUCUCAGAACUCCAACCAAAAACAAUAUUCCAAUUGGAGAACCGACUGCAGUGGACUGGAUUUAUGUUUAUCCUAAAGGAAUGGAGAUGAUGGUGACAUAUCUUAUGAAUAGAUACAAUAAUACACCAAUGUUCAUCACAGAGAAUGGUUUAGGUGAGAUGCAUCAGCCUGAUUCAAGCAUCAAUGCUUUCCUCAAUGAUGAUAGUAGAGUAGAAUACAUGAAGAGCUACUUAGAUGCCCUAAUUUCUGUAAUAAGGAAAGGAGCAGAUGUUAGAGGUUACAUUGCUUGGUCGUUAUUGGACAACUUUGAGUGGUUAUCUGGAUACACGACGAGAUUUGGGCUUUACCACGUUGAUUACACAACCCUCAAACGGACACCAAAAUCAUCAGCGCAUUGGUACAAACAAUUCAUUUUAAACUUUACGCGCUUUGAAGCUGUAUAUCGUAGCACAUCAUGAAUCAUUCCUAUUGUAUGAUAUUACUUUAUGAGCUUUGAAGCAUUAAAUCAUAGCACCUCAUGAACCAAGUCCAUAUUAUAUGAUAUUUAAAAUUAGCAUGCUAUUGCUUGUAAGCAAUGAAUGAAAGUUGUAUGUAUAUUCCAUGG